UCUAAAUUUGACCUCUUUUUUUUUUUUUUGGAGUAACCAACUUCAUGAGUGAUUUGGAGCAUCCGAAUGAUGAAAUGUCUAAAGGACAGGAAUGGUCUCCUGGAUUAGGGGCUUGUGAACCGAUCAUUACGGUCAUGACAGCCGUCCCAAGAGUUUGAUUGUGUGACAGCUGUCGACAGAGGGGAUAGUUUAAAAAUAAAUUACUGGAGAAAGUCUACUCUUACUGGUCAAUCUGUGAUGUCUGAGAAAAAAUCAGGUUUAGUGGCUGGUUUGGAUCCAGAGGAAGAGGUGACAGAUGUCGUAUGUGACGAGUCAGAUCUCAGAGAUGGAGAAAUGAUGGAGGUUGAGGUGGGUGAGCACAAUGUUUUGCUGGUACGCUGUGACGGGAUGUACAGUGCCAUCAGUAACCAAUGCACACACUAUGGCGCGCCACUGAGCAAAGGGGUUCUGUCGGGUCACAGGGUCCGCUGUCCUUGGCAUGGUUCCUGUUUCAAUGUGAAGACUGGUGACUUGGAGGAGUAUCCUGGGACUGACUGUCUGCCCUGCUACAAGGUUAAAGUCGAAAACAAGAAAGUUUAUGUGUCUGUAAAGAAAAGGAUUCAGGGUCAGCCUAAACGUAUAAAAUGGAUGGGGGCCAGAGAUCCAGAUGUGUUACAUACUGUGGUGCUCCUAGGAGGAGGCGCAGCCUCUUUGAUGUGUGCUGAGACACUACGGCAAGAAAACUAUGGCGGCAGGAUUAUUAUGGUAUCUAGAGACGAUCUCCUUCCUUAUGACAAAACCAGACUCAGUAAGGUAAUGGACGCUGAGAGCGAAAGUCUCUUAAUGAGAAGAAUGGAUUUUUUCCACGAGCACGAUAUUGAGGUCUGGCUGAAAAAAGAGGCUUUAUCGAUAGAUACGAACAAGAAAACAGUGACAUUUGAUGAUGGCUUAACCCAGUGCUAUGACCAAAUCCUUAUUUCAACAGGAUGCAGAGCAAAAUGCCUGGACUGCCCAGGUGCAGAUCUGGAAAACGUGCUGAUGCUGGAAACACCGGAGGAUGCCAGGAGCAUCCAUUACACCUGUAUGGGCUGCAGGGCAGUCGUCGUAGGCACUUCCUUCAUUGGCAUGGAAGUAGCGGCGUAUAUGAUAGAUAUGGCCAGUAGUGUCACAGUCAUUGGAAGCAGUGAACUCCCUUAUCAGAAGACUCUGGGCCCCGAAAUAGGGAAGGUCACCAUGAUGAUGUUGGAAGAGAGAGGGGUGACGUUCUACAUGAAUGACGCUGUCGCAGAGAUCCAAGGCGAAAAUAGGAGGGUCAAGGCGGUGAAACUGAAGAGCGGUAUUAAAAUUGAAGCUGAUGUGUUAAUAGUUGGAAUUGGUGUCAAUCCCAAUUCAGAGUUUUUGAAAGGGAGUCCGAUAAAUAUGGACUCGAAGAACUUUGUCAUUGUGGAUGAGUACAUGAGGACCAACGUAACAGACGUCUACUGCGCAGGAGAUCUGACCUGCUUUCCUCUCAAAAUGGCAAAAGGCCAGAAAGUGUCCAUCGGCCACUGGCAGAUAGCGCAGGCACAUGGAAGGAUCGCAGCCCUCAGCAUGUUGCACAGGGAGGUGGAGCUAAACUCUGUGCCAUUCUAUUGGACCGUCCUGCUUGGGAGAACCAUUCGUUACACGGGUUAUGGGGAGGGAUACACUGAGUUGGUGCUGAAAGGCAAAUUUGAGAACAUGAAGUUUUUGGCACUUUACCUCAAGCAUGGUGAGGUGGUGGCGGCAGCAGGAUUGAAUGUUGAACCGGCUGUCUCUGUUGUGGCAGAAAGGUUGGCAGAAGGAAGAGUGAUAACAAAGGCGGAAGCAGAGUCAGAUGACAUUAGCUGGCUGCAGCUGCCGCCCAUGUGACCACUGACAACAGUUUGAACUCAGAAUGAUCCGAAUUCAGCCAUUCUGUCCACAGUCCAUCCCAUCCAAUCAUGCCUUUGCUCAGAAUAUGUUUUGUAACAUUUCUAAAGGCCAGUACAUUACAGUAUGUCCCUUAAAGAGCUUUCGACUCAGUUCACAGAGAGUUUGCCAUUUGAACAUGGAUAUUCAGAGAGGAAACCCACUACCCAAGUGUGGCUAAACGAAGCUUUUAUUCUGUUCUUGCUGCAGUUCCAAAGACCGGUCAGACGCACAUUUUUUCAAUACUGAAUAUGAACACAAUGCUUCAAUCGUAUAUUAUUAUUAUUCAUUAAGAUAACAUUUAGCUUAUGAAAGAUGAUUUUUUUUUUUUCCGUAUCUGGUU